AUGGCUUCCAACGCGACUGUCAACGUCAAGAACAUCGCCCUCGCGACUAGCGACGGCGAGAUCAAGGAUUUCUUUAGCUUCUGUGGCAAGAUCUCCGAUCUCAAGGUCACCACCGAGGGCGAGACCAAGUCGGCCGAAGUCACCUUUGAGAAGGAGACGGCCAAGAAGACUGCUCUCCUCCUUCACAACACCCAGCUCGGCACCAACCAGCUCUCCGUCACCAGCGCCGGUGGCGACUCUGAUGACGACACCCCUUACACCAAGAACAACGACCGUGACUCCGACGAAAUCACGCAAGAGGAGAAGCCCCGCGCGCGCAUUUUUGCCGAGUACCUCGCCCACGGCUACGUCGUUGGCGAUGUCGCCAUUCAGCGCGCCAUCGAGCUCGAUACCAAGCACAAGGUCUCCAACCGCUUCUUCAACACCCUCCAGAGCCUAGACACCAAAUACCAUGCCACCGACCGCGCCAGAGCUACCGACCAGAGCUACGGCCUCUCUACCCGCGCCAACUCCCUCUUCCUCGGCUUGAACUCAUACUUUGAGAAGGCUGCCCACACUCCCACUGGCAAGAAGAUUGCUCAGUUCUACGAGGAUGGUAGCCGCCAGGUGCAGGAGGUGCACACUGAGGCCAGACGGUUGGCUGAGCUGAAGAAGGAGGAGAGCGGCGGAAGUGCAUACAAGGCUUCUGGCCUUGAGCGAGUCUUUGGCAAGGAGAAGGAGACUGCCCCCGCUCCCCCCACAGAUUCGACUACAGCUCCUCCCCCCACGGAUCCUGCUCAGCCUGUGCCCACGGAAGCUACCCCCGCUGUCCGCUCCACCGAUGAGAAGACUGUUUAA